AUGGCUGGGGGGGGCAGCCCCGCUGGAGAGCAGCGCCAGGGGCUCAAGAGCGCAGCCUUGUGCUGGCCGCCCCAGGACAUAAGCCUGGAGGAGUUUGACGACGAGGACCUGUCUGAGAUCACAGACGACUGUGGCCUGGGCCUCAGCUACGACUCUGACCACUGCGAGAAGGACAGCCUCUCCCUGGGCCGCUCGCAGCAGCCGCACCCCAUCUGCUCCUUCCAGGACGACUUCCAGGAGUUUGAGAUGAUCGAUGACAAUGAGGAGGAGGACGACGAUGACGAGGAGGGGGAGGAGGAGGAGGAGGAGGAGGAGGGCGACGGGGAGGGUGAGGAGGGCGGGGGCCCUGGCCCAGAGGCCCGCGUCUUGAAGGCGCUGACCCCCUCCGCCUCCCUGGAGGAGCCCCACAAGCAGCGGCCCGCCACGCUCCAGCUGACCACCCUGGGCGCCCAGGAUUCCCUGAACAACAAUGGAGGCUUUGCCCGGGUGCCUCCAGCCCCCUGGCAGGAGACCAUGCUGUGCUCUCUGCCUGCAGAGUCCCUCCGAGAGCCCGCUGCGCUCCAGCCCCCUGGCGUGAGCCCCAGCAGGGAGCCGGAGCCGUUGCCUGUGCGCCCAGGUUGCGACUGCGAGGGCAACCGGCCCCCCGGGCCCGCCUUGGCAGAUGGGGCUUCACCGUCCUCGGAUCCCGGCAUCGAGGCCGACCUGGGGAGCCGGUCCAGCGGGGGCCACGGCGGCCGGCGCAGCAGCCAGGAGCUGUCCUCGCCCGGUUCGGACUCGGAGGGCGUGGGGGGCGCGCGUCUGGGCCGCAUGAUCUCCUCCAUCUCGGAGACGGAGCUGGAGCUGAGCAGUGACGGCGGCAGCAGCAGCAGCGGGCGCUCCUCGCACCUCACCAACUCCAUCGAGGAGGCCUCCUCGCCUGCCUCGGAGCCCGAGCCCGAGCCCGAGCCCGAGGCGCCGGGCGGGCCCCCGCGCCGCCCGGCCUUCCUGCCCGUGGGCCCCGACGACACCAACAGCGAGUACGAGUCGGGGUCCGAGUCAGAGCCGGACCUCAGCGAGGACGCCGACUCGCCCUGGCUCCUCAGCAACCUCGUGAGCCGCAUGAUCUCCGAGGGCUCCUCGCCCAUCCGCUGCCCCGGCCAGUGCCUGUCCCCCGCGCCACGGCCCGCGGGGGAGCCCGAAGGGCCGGCCAGUCGGGCCCCUGAGGCCGCUGAGGUGGCGGGACGCCUCUUCCUCAGCAACCCCACGCGGGACACCAUCACGCCGCUGUGGGCCGCUGCGGGUCGCGGGCCACGCCCGGGCCGCGCCUGCUCUGCCGCCUGCUCGGAAGAGGAGGACGAGGAUGAGGACGAAGAGGACGAGGAGGCCGAGGACGGCGAGGAGGCGGAGGGCAAGGCAGGGCCGCGCGGGGGCGCCCCGGCGCCGCUGGACGCCUCGCUGGUCUACGACGCGGUCAAGUACACGCUGGUGGUGGACGAGCACACGCAGCUGGAGCUCGUGAGCCUGCGGCGGUGCGGCCUGGGCUCCGACAGCGAGGACAGCGGCGGCGAGGCCAGCGAGGAGGAGCCGGGCGCCCCGCCGCUGGGCGGAGGCCAGGCCCCGCAGGACGCCUCCCCCGACAGUCCCGACCUCACCUUUUCCAAGAAGUUCCUCAACGUCUUUGUGAACAGCACCUCCCGGUCCUCCAGCACUGAGUCCUUUGGCCUUUUCUCCUGCCUGGUCAAUGGUGAGGAGCGAGAACAAACCCACCGGGCUGUGUUCAGGUUCAUCCCCCGCCAUCCCGACGAGCUGGAGCUGGAUGUGGACGACCCGGUGCUGGUGGAGGCCGAGGAGGACGACUUCUGGUUCCGGGGCUUCAACAUGCGCACGGGGGAGCGCGGGGUCUUCCCCGCCUUCUACGCCCACGCGGUGCCCGGCCCCGCCAAGGACCUGCUGGGGAGCAAGCGUGGGCCCUGCUGGGUGGAGCGGUUCGACGUGCAGUUCCUGGGCUCGGUGGAGGUGCCCUGUCACCAGGGCAAUGGCAUCCUGUGUGCGGCCAUGCAGAAGAUCGCCACUGCCCGGAAGCUGACUGUCCACCUGCGUCCUCCUGCCUCCUGUGACCUAGAGAUUUCCCUUCGGGGGGUAAAGCUGAGUCUGAGUGGAGGACCUGAGUUUCAGCACUGCAGCCACUUCUUCCAGAUGAAGAACAUCUCCUUCUGCGGCUGCCACCCCCGCAACAGCUGCUAUUUCGGCUUCAUCACCAAACACCCGCUGCUCAGCCGCUUCGCCUGCCAUGUCUUCGUGUCCCAGGAGUCCAUGAGGCCCGUGGCCCAGAGCGUGGGCCGCGCCUUCCUGGAGUACUACCAGGAGCACCUGGACUACGCCUGCCCCACAGAGGACAUCUACCUGGAGUAGCCCCUGGCAGCGCCGCGCUGGGGACCCGCCGCCCGCGCGUCUGCCCGACCUCUCUCGCCCUCUGCUCUUAGUUCUGGGUCAGACCUGGGGGUGCUGGGGGGUAACUGCGGUUCGCAGAGGGAUUUUAAUUUUUAUAGUAAAAACGAGGGACCCUCCCACCCUUGACUGUGGAGACAGAGGGGGCCCUUCCGCACUGCCCCUCAGCCCAGGGCCGCAGCCAGGGGCUCCCCAGCGGGGCCUCGGGGAGACCGGCGUGGUUCUGUGGCUCAGCCCGAGUCCCCGGCCACCACUGGGGGCCUGCCCCGGCCCUGGCCGUCCCAGCGCCCGCUUUGCCGCCGCAACCCUGCCCGCAGCCCGCACCUCAAUAAAGUCUGCUUCGUGUGGCCCUGA